AUGAAAGGCUCUGCUAUUGCAACUGUGUCCAAGAACGGUGAAUACCUCCAACAUGGUAACCACUGUGACAUAUCAUAUGUCAAACAGCAUGCUGUUAGCAUUAGAAAUAACUGGAUUUCACGUAAGUUAUUGAAAGCCAUUUGUAAACAGGAACAUGAAAGCAAACAAGCUCUCACGCAGCCUCCCUUGAUCAUCAAAGGCCUAUCGAUCAAAUGUUCCCCCACACCCUCCACCCCUCCCCGAAUCCCCAGCCAACCCAAUGGGAGCAAAUGUAUUCAGCCUCCAAAGCACAUCUGUUUGUUCCAAGCCAUGCUUAAAAUGACAACCGCCUCUCUCUCUCUCUCUCUCUCUCUCAUUCUCUCUAUCUCUUUCUCUCACACUCUCUCUCUCUUUCUUUCGUUCUCUCUUUCUCUCUCUCUCUCUCUCUCUCUCUCUCUCUCUCUCUCUCUCUCUGUUGCAGUCCAACAAAGUUUCGGUGGUCCAGCAGUCUCACGGGAUGCACCCCCUGACGUCCCUGUUGCCGUACAGCAACGACCACUUCAACCCCAGCCCCCCUCACCUGCCCACAGACAUGAGCCAGAAAGGUAGGUCACCCAAUCAUCUCCCUCAUAACCAUCUCCCUCAUUACCAUCUCCCUCAUCAUCGUCUCCCUCAUAACCAUCUCCCUCAUCACCGUCUCCCUCAUCACCGUCUCCCUCAUCACCGUCUCCCUCAUCACCGUCUCCCUCAUCACCGUCUCCCUCAUCACCAUCUCCCUCAUCACCAUCUCCCUCAUCAUCGUCUCCCUCAUCAUCGUCUCCCUCAUCACCGUCUCCCUCAUUACCAUCUCCCUCAUUACCAUCUCCCUCAUCCUAACGCACACUAGCCAGAUGAGUGGGAAGGCCUGACUUCUCCUGUCAGUCACCACAGCAGAAUAAUACAAUAGUCCACGGUCCUUAUCGAUUCCCAUUUUAAAUGGUAAUUAUUUCACUUGAACCAAAAGGGAUUGGUACUUCCAGCUGAAUUGUAACAUUACAUUUACAUUUACGUCAUUUAGCAGACGCUCUUAUCCAGAGCGACUUACAACAAUCCUGAAAGAAGAAUAUGGUGCCCCUUCACCAUCUACUUGGGCCGAUGUCUCUGUGGAGUCUCUGACUGACUUCUCUUAAGUAAGACCUGCACUGUGCAACUGCUGUGACCUUGCCAUGAAAAACUCUGAGCCCUUAUUAAUAGCAUAUUACUUGGGUCUGGAGUUUUUCCUGGUCAGUUCACGCAGUCAUGGAAAGCUCCUGGCCCUGUGUUGUGCUGCUGCCGUCUUUCCCCCACCUCCACACACACACACACACACACACACACACACACACACACACACACACACACACACCUCCACCCCUUGUUCCUGAGCUGCAGCAGUGGAGCCGUGUGGAGCCAAGCAGCAGCUGCAGGCCAGAGACAGGGACUGCAUCCCAAAUGACAACCUAUUCCCUGUAUAGUGUACUACUUUUGACCUUAUGGGCCAUGGUCUAAAGUAGUGCACUAUGUGGGGAAAACGGUGCCUUUUGGGAGGCAGCCCAGAGACAGGCCCUUCUUUCCAGGGAGCCUCUGGCGGUCCCACCACCGCACUUGAAGUGGUCCCUUCCCCAAGAGGGGCUGCUUGCCACACAACCCCCCCUCAAACACACACACACAUGCACACACACAGCUGGAAGCAAUUAGGGUGACAAUCACACAGGGCCAUCUCGGCAGCACACAAGGUUCUGCUUAGCACGCUACUCUUACACAGUCGCUCGCACACUCAGCUUGCAUAGUCACUCACAGACCCACACGCACCACACGUACUCCAUCACUCUCCUAAACAUCCCACACGAAGUUCCUACUCAAAUACAGAGAGAGAGAGAGAGAGAGAGAGAGAGAGAGUAUGGACAAACAUGUUUGAUUUCAUCUUUAUCAAUUCAAUAGAUCUGAUUCAUUUUCAGUGGGAGGAAAAUGCCAUUUUAACCCAAACAAGAGUCACAGUUUAAUUAACAAGCCGAUGAAAAUGUCAUCCUGUAUCACUCUGAUGAAGACUGACACUGGCUGAAUAGCAAUACGUGUUGGAGUGUGGCUGUAGUUGGUCUGUGGCCAAGACUGUGUCUGUCUGUCAGUACUACUGCCUGCAUCAGGGCCUAUCUCUGUCCACGCUGAGAGACGGGCAGGCACAGAGAGACAAACCCCCUCUCACAGACAGAGCAGGGCAGCAGGCCCCAGCCCAGACAAUCUCUCUCAGUCUCCAGCUGGAAUUCCCCAGCUCUCCCAUUCCUUUUCUAGACUGGGGCUGGGCGGUGUAGCAGCUAGGUAACAUGACAAUUCCCAGGGGUGAGGCGAGAGGCGAGAACCAGUGACUCACCCCAUAAUGAGAGGUCUGGCCCUACCUGUACACACCUGAUACCUCCUUGCCCCCUUCACACAUCAUCACACCUCACCCCUCGUACCUCACACAUCAUCACACCUCACCCCUCGUACCUCACACAUCAUCACACCUCACCCCAUGUACCUCACACAUCAUCCAUCACACCUUACCUCGCUUACCUCACACCUUGCACUGCAGGCCUACCUCAGUAACCUCACAUUGAUUUCACAUAAUACCUCACAUUGCAGUGUACAGAGACUACAGCUGACAAUCAGUCUGAGUUUCCAGAAGCUUCUCUGACAGUAGUCCCUACAAGUACUCUCCAUCCAUCUUCCAUUACCCCACUCAGCCCGCCAGCCUGUCUGCAUGCCAGUCAAUCUGUCAGUCAGUGCAUUCAGUAUAUUCACUACAGACAUGUACUAUUAGUCAUUCAGUGUGUCAACCAUCAUACCAAACGACCAAAGUCACACCAUGUUGUCACAUUUGUUUACGUGUGCAGUUGUCAGAUAUGACUGCUUUGCUGCACUAGGGUGAAGUACAGAGUGAAAAAGAGAAAAGUACAGUAAAAAUGAAAGCUACUGUAAUGCACUGUUCUGGACUCUACAGGUGUUCCUCUUUGGGUCUUUUUUCAGGCACAGCACAGGAGCUACUGUCCAGUCAUUUUGGAUUCCGAUUUCUCUUUCUGUGGUUUUGUCUACAGUAAAAGGUUGUCAGUAUUGAAAUGCUAUUUUGAGCAGUGUAUCUUGGGGGGUUAUUUGACUAAAUUGUUUUAUCUUGCACCUGAAAGAUACAGUUAACUGAACGAUCUUGUGUCUGAUAUCAUUUCAGAGAUGUUUAUUAAAUGUAUUUGAUGUUUUUCUUUACCAUUAGAAUUGUAACAAAACAGUGCAAUUACUACAUUUGAACCAAUAAAUAAGUAAAAAGUGACAUUUCAUUUUGAAUAUACCUGAAUAGAUUCAAGUUAAAGUUAAACGUAGGUAUACAUUUUUUAUUUUUUUUAAAGGCUAAGAAUUGAAGUUGAGUGCAUCAUAAACAUUAAAUAUCAAGCGUGGAUAAAGUUGUUUCUGGAGACCUCUUAUUGUGAUAACUGUGUUGGGAGAGUAUAGAUUGAGACUGCACACUGGUCUGUACACGAGGGACAGGGGCUUUUUCAGGAGGGAGGGGAAGGGGUCUGGAGGGAGGGAGGGAGGGACAAGAGAGGUACAUUCCAGUCCUUCAGAUUUAUAAAUGGUCCCGUCCAGAAACAGGCCUGCAGCAACGGCAAAUUAUAGUCAUCUGCAGCAUUCUUCUGCAAAUACAAAUAUAGGUUACCGUUGGAUUGUGCUUAAGUGCUAGGUGCUCUCUGUUGACAAAUGACUUCCUUUGAAAGGCACAGAGAGCCUUUUUGUUUUGUUUCAGGACGCUGCUCUUUUAUGUGGGCCGACUCGAUAAUGGAAAACGUCACGUUUAUUAAAACCAUUUCGCUGCCUGGCCUGGCGAGUGUCAGUGGGGUGGGUGUCUGUGGAGUGGGGUGAAAUAGUGAGUGGGGUCCUAACCUCACAGGCUUCUGACUGACUGACACAUCAUGGGAAGGAACUUGUAGCUUGGAUCAAGAUCCCUCUUUGCCAUAAAACAAUUGUUGGUGGUGCGAUGCAAGCAGCAGGGGCCAAACAGUAAAACUGCUUGCUCUAGGAGAAGACGACGUAAGCUCAGAAUGUCAAAGUCAUGUUCACAGGAGACUGGCUGGUACAAAGGAGUGGAAACAAAGAACAGAGUUCACAGCUCUGAGUUUCUUCAUUUCACUUGGUAGUGGUUCAACAAGAUUCUGGGAGCCUGACCUUAGGCCUUAGUUCUCGAACAUCGUACAUAAACACCCCCUUGACCCUCCCAUGAGCUAGUGAGCGCACACACACAGUAGGGGUGUAUGAGAAUAGGGAGGUUGUGUGUGUGACCUGUGUGUGUAAUGGUAGGUUCCCAGCCAGGUAAUGAGGUCCUUGCUGAGUCAGGGGCCCUGAGUUAACAAGCCUGUCUUCUCCUGUGUGUCCUCUCCAGGCAUUCACAGGCCCCAGUCCCAGGACAUCUCAGGCUUCUACUCCCUACCUCAGAGCGGUGUGGGACAGAUGCCCCCCUCCAUGGGCUGGUAAGUCUCACGCACACAUACACACACACACUCUCUCUCGUGCACACACACACACAUACUCUCUUGCACACGGACAUGAGCGCGCCGCACACACACACACUGACCUGGACUACUGACCCCUACUACAUCAACCAAUCGAGUCUCACUUCAGCCACUCAAGCCUUUUUUUGCAUGGCAACCACUUCAUCCCACGCAGUUAGUAGCUCCUAUAAAGUUGGUUUAUCGUGACAAAAUUGGCAAAUGCAGUAGUGAUUGAAUAGUUAACUUCCUAAAAUACGAAUGCCCUGCCUUGGAUUCAUUGAUCAUAUCUAGCCUAGAGUUCCUCUCUCAAAAUGAAACUUUUGUCUUCCCUUGCCUUCCCAGCCGCUAAGGCACUAUAACAGAAAGUGUAUACGAUGCCAAAUCAGAGCAUGUUUUAACACCCAUAAUCUCAGACAGGGAUUGUUAGAACACACGCUCUGGCUAACAAUCCAUCCAUUGACUUGAGCUCAACUUUACAAAUCCAUUUAUUAAAAAUCUGUAACUGGCAGAAUAACUUUGUGCAAAUCCCCCUGAACAAUUGUGGGCUUAUCUUAAAUGUGAUGGGGAUUUGGUUCACCAUAAUGGAAUGACAGCUAAGACUACUUCCAUUCACAUCCAUGCUGUGUGUCUUUAAAGCUGGUGGAGGACAUUGGCGCUCCCUAGACAUGCUCCGUCCGCACGAGGCAGAGGUCUGCUAUUUCUCUGGACUCUCUCACUGUCUUUUAUUUCAAACAGUUAAUGGUCACUGUGGAGUUUCUGUGGUAUUGUCAACAAAUCAUGUUGUUUACAAACUCGUAAUCUGCUUAGUGCAGAUUAUGCAUUUGUUUGGUUUUCUUGUGUCCCUCUUUGUUUGGGGAAGAGAGAGCAAAGAAAGGAGAUGACAAACAACUGGAUGUGACUCACUGCGUGGUGUGGUGUGUCCCACUCCGGCCACCGUAUGGCACGUGACUGGGGCCUGGGAGGAUGUGUAUUGUCUUCUUUCCCCAUGAAGCUAGGCAGCCCACUGUAGGGACAGCCGACUGUAGCAGACAGCAGUACGUUUCACAGUUAAUUUGUUUCAAAGAAGUUCAGAUACAGGGUUAAGCAAGAAAUUGAUCAAGAUUUCUCUAUAUAGUUGGUACUCUUAAAGGGACAUGAGAGGGACAAAUCACAAAUCUAUCGGUAUGCCAAUACACAGGAAAACCCCAUCCGUGCCACAACACAAACAGGAAAUGUUCUCUCCCCAGCGGAGGACGGACAGGGCUGUGGAGAGAAGAGGUGUUAGGUCCUGGAUGUGGAUGUUGCUCCUAAUGGGCCUGUUGGCUGGGAUUAGCACGUGAAUCCCUCCCUGAGAGAAUCCUCUGGACCUGGGAGCCUCCCUGACACUGAGCCUCCUCUGCCUUCCUUGAUCUCAGGGACCUCCUGGGGCUGAGGAGGGCUGGGGAGGCGGGAAGCAUGGAGCUGGGGUGCUUCUGCAUAUCAAAGACUCCUGUUCAACCCCCCCUGCAGCAACAGGAAAUGUGAAUGGAGUGGAUUAUAAUUAAUAGACAUUUCUGUAGGGGUUGAUAAAUUUUUUGUUAGGGCAAAUCAAGUCUGAAAUGUUAAAUUGAACAUUACAAACAUUAGAAGCCUUUUUAAACCUUGAAUACACUAAGAUGGCGCCGAUAGACAUGGUCACCCUGUUCAUGGCUCAUAAGCAACUUUUUAGUAUUUCAUUUUUUUGUGUGUUGUAAAAUUUUACAAGUAAUUUUCAUCAUAGGUACACGUCAACUAUGACAGACAAAUUGAGGAAAAAAAGUCCAGAAAAUCACAUUGUAGAAUUUUUAAUGAAUUUUUUUGCAAAUUAUGGUGGAAAAUAAGUAUUUGGUCACCUACAAACAAGCAAGAUUUCUGGCUCUCACAGACCUGUAACUUCUUCUUUAAGAGGCUCCUCUGUCCUCCACUCGUUACCUGUAUUAAUGGCACCUGUUUGAACUUGUUAUCAGUAUAAAAGACACCUGUCCACAACCUCAAACAGUCACACUCCAAACUCCACUAUGGCCAAGACCAAAGAGCUGUCAAAGGACACCAGAAACAAAAUUGUAGACCUGCACCAGGCUGGGAAGACUGAAUCUGCAAUAGGUAAGCAGCUUGGUUUGAAGAAAUCAACUGUGGGAGCAAUUAUUAGGAAAUGGAAGACAUACAAGACCACUGAUAAUCUCCCUCGAUCUGGGGCUCCACGCAAAAUCUCACCCCGUGGGGUCAAAAUGAUCACAAGAACGGUGAGCAAAAAUCCCAGACCACACGGGGGGACCUAGUGAAUGACCUGCAGAGAGCUGGGACCAAAGUAACAAAGCCUACCAUCAGUAACACACUACACCGCCAGGGACUCAAAUCCUGCAGUGCCAGACGUGUCCCCCUGCUUAAGCCAGUACAUGUCCAGGCCCGUCUGAAGUUUGCUAGAGUGCAUUUGGAUGAUCCAGAAGAGGAUUGGGAGAAUGUCAUAUGGUCAGAUGAAACCAAAAUAUAACUUUUUGGUAAAAACUCAACUCGUCGUGUUUGGAGGACAAAGAAUGCUGAGUUGCAUCCAAAGAACACCAUACCUACUGUGAAGCAUGGGGGUGGAAACAUCAUGCUUUGGGGCUGUUUUUCUGCAAAGGGACCAGGACGACUGAUCCGUGUAAAGGAAAGAAUGAAUGGGGCCAUGUAUCAUGAGAUUUUGAGUGAAAACCUCCUUCCAUCAGCAAGGGCAUUGAAGAUGAAACGUGGCUGGGUCUUUCAGCAUGACAAUGAUCCCAAACACACCGCCCGGGCAAUGAAGGAGUGGCUUCGUAAGAAGCAUUUCAAGGUCCUGGAGUGGCCUAGCCAGUCUCCAGAUCUCAACCCCAUAGAAAAUCUUUGGAGGGAGUUGAAAGUCCGUGUUGCCCAGCGACAGCCCCAAAACAUCACUGCUCUAGAGGAUAUCUGCAUGGAGGAAUGGGCCAAAAUACCAGCAACAGUGUGUGUGAACCUUGUGAAGACUUACAGAAAACGUUUGACCUGUGUCAUUGCCAACAAAGGGUAUAUAACAAAGUAUUGAGAAACUUUUGUUAUUGACCAAAUACUUAUUUUCCACCAUAAUUUGCAAAUAAAUUCAUUAAAAAUCCUACAAUGUGAUUUUCUGGAUUUCUUUUACUCAUUUUGUCUGUCAUAGUUGACUUGUACCGAUGAUGGAAAUUACAGGCCUCUCUCAUCUUUUUAAGUGGGAGAACAUGCACAAUUGGUGGCUAACUAAAUACUUUUUUCCCCCACUGUAGUUAUCUGGCUAGUUAGCUAGCUUUUCCAUCACUGACAUAAAAAGCUUGCCUAGCCUGUUUCAAUUACCCUAAAGUUGUAGACAUGCAGCCCCACAAUUAAGAGGAACCGACUGUUAUCAGAAAUGAGUCCGUAGAUCAGAAUGUUUCUCCGCGAUCGUUGGGUCAGCUGAGCACAGCAGCUGACUUGGGAGGCUACUGCAAUGACUCGUGGCAGAAAGAACAGCUGCUUCAUGAAAACUCAUAAUGAUGGAAGCAUUAUCACUACUAGCUACAGUAGCUUACUAGCUAGCUUUUGUUGGAAGAUCCAACAUUGUGGGCGCGUUCGAGCGGAUCACAUAUGUCAAGUCGGUGACCAAAGUGUGCUGCAGGUUUCUGCAGUUGCUCUUCACCAACUUCAUCCUGAAGCCAUCGCCUGCAUUGUGGGAGGCUGUAUUGUCAAACAAUCAUUAGGGUGUUUUUGUUUGACCCACGCGAACGUGACCAAAGAUGUGACUGAAACAGGAACCAACUUUGCCGCAAUUCAUGUAUACAGUGGAUAUGUACAAAUUAAUGUGACAUUUGAGGCUCUCUUUCACCAGUUGAUUGUACAAUGUACACACAUAUAUUUUCAGUUUGUGAGGGUGUGGGGGUUGGAGACAUGUUUAUUUUGACAUUAUAAAGAACAACUUUUAUAAACAAUGACAACACUGCCAUGUUGCACUGAGACUUGCUGUUGGAAAACCACAUCAGUGUCCGACGUUCGGCUGUCACAGAUGCACCUCCCCCGACUUCACUCCUCGACUUUCGUCUCUCAAUCGGUGACGUCACCCACCUUGAGACCCAAAAGUAGUUGUUUCCCUUGCUCUUCAAGGGCUGCAGCUUUUGUGGAGCGAUAGGUAACGAUGCUUCUUGGGUGGCAGUUGGCGAUUUGUUCAGAGGGUCUCUGGCUCAAGCCCUGGUUGGGGCAAAGAGAGGGACAGAAACAAUACUGUUACAUUAGGAUGGACUUAACUCCAUAACCAGUCAAGCCCCUCAUUAGCUAGCUGGUACACAGACUCAGAACCCAGACUGCCCGUAUAUACCUAUAGCAGGGGUAUUCAACCAGGGGUACUGCAGGGGGUCUGCGAAAAAUAUCGAAAUAAUAAAGUGUUGUUUUUCCCCCCAAUGUUUUUAUGAAUAUCGCUAGCAAUAACAGAAUAAACUAAUUUUGAAUUACAUCCCUACAGUAGAAAAUAGGAAAAUAUCUUCUAAUGAUGUCAACUUUAUUUCUCAACUCCUAAUAUUGAGCAAAUUACACUUAUUGGAACCAAUUACACUUACUGGAUUAUCUGACAUAGGCUUUGAAAUAGCACCUGCGAAUAGGCUACCAGUGCCACUGGCUACUGGUAAGCUUUCUUGACUUGGACAUAAUUUUUUGUCAACACAUGGCUAACCUUUGUUUAACCAGCUAAACAGCUGCUCUUAGUAAAAAUGUGUUUGGAGUUACCUUUCUAGCUAAUAGGCUAUGUUAGAGUUUACACUUCCUCUUCCAAUUAUAAUGUGGGGAGGUCAAAAUAAUGAAAAACGAUUUAUGUUGAUUACUUCUCCUUGCCAUGUUCAUUCACCUGAUGAUAAGAUAAGACGUGAUUAUUUUAAUUUUUUGCUAACAUAAGAUGGGGGUCCCUGGAAUGGUAUCAAACACAUGGUUCCUAGGUGUUUGAUGCCAUUCCAUUCGCUCCAUUCCAGCCAUUAUUAUGAGCCGUCCUCCUCUCAGCAGCCUCCACUGGUCUAAACAUAUUGUAGAAGUUAGGCAGUGAGGAUUUGAUCAGCAGCCUAGUUGAACUCUAUUGCAUCCCUAUUUGUCCUCCCAACCACAGGCAAGGUCAGCCUGUCUAUCCCCUGUCCUCAUGUGGAUUCAGACAGCCCUACUCCUCCAGUCUCCCCAACAGCUCUUCCUACCCCAGGUACAGUAUUAGCUGAGCUGCUUCAGUCUGGGGAGGGAAUCGCAAAAUACAUACCUACCCCUCUUCCAGACCAAUGCUUCUACUCCUCCCACCUACCAUGUGUCCUUCGCUAUUGCCUUGUACAGGUGCCUCCGCAACGUGUGUGUCCUGGCUUUUUGUGUGCCAACUGCUAUACCCUACCCUGCAACUGUGUGGGGACCCACACGAAGAGACAACCCCUCUGUUCUCCUGGACAGAAGAGUGAGUGCAGCAGUGUAUCUCAUGUUGCUGUGACAAAGAGAGAUGCUAUACACAAACCACUGCAAACUGUCUGCAGUUGACUGUUGUUAUUGUAGGCAUAGGCUCUGUCAUGAAAUCUCUCCUCUGUCACUGUAACUGGCGAGCCAAACAUGCUAACUCAGUUAGCUUCAGCAAUAAAUCCAACUGGAGACAUUGUUCACAUUUAAAUGUCAUCAAACAUCUAUGUCACACAGCUUUCUCUCAGUCCCAUCAGUUCAGAGUGAGGCUUUAGGAUUUGAAUGUUUAUUUUACACUGGAAGAAUUAUGUCUUUGGAAUUUUAUAAAUCAGAAAAUACAUUUAAUGACUAAAUAUAUAACAUAUUCAUUUCAGGAAAUCAAAAACACACAUUUCCAACAUUACAACUCACAUUUUCAAUAAAGUUUCAGUAAAUGGCACUUUUCAUUCCCAAUAAAAUAAUGAAUAAAUAGAUAUCAUCAACAAUAUGAAUCUCAAAAAAUAAGAUACUGAAAAGAAGCAUUUAAUGAAACCCUAAUGAAAAAUAGAGCAAGUAUAUUCCUGUUAUCUACAGCGCAGCCUAGCUUUUGUCUGCAUGUGACUACAGCUCCCUCUGCUGGCGUUGGAUGAGACUUUUCACAGUCUUAAUGCUCUGAGAGGACUGUCAGAAAGCCCAUUCUUACAGGGCCAACCAACAGCCCACGUGCUUCAGCGCUUCAUGGUCACGCUGCCAUAUAUAAAGACAAAACAUAUUUUCUGAUGCUUUGGUCUCUGUCUCUCUUUGUCUCCUCCCUCUGUCUCUCCCCCACUAGGUUCUCUCACUCUCUGAUGCUAGGACCAGGCAUGCACCCCACAGGCAUCCCCCACCCAGCCAUCGUGCCACCUUCAGGCAAACAGGACCAUCAUGACCAUUACGACAGGAACAUGUACGCGUAAGUACCCCCAUGGUGCAACCCCAUCUCUACAAUGAGUUAGACACACGUGUCUUUCAAAGGAGAUGUGUGAUCUGUGUGUGCUAGCCACAUGGCAUACAAUACUGUAGUAUCUCAUUGAUGCAUUGAAUGUGUAUCAAAAGCUUAGAUGGAUGAAUAGAUGGAUGAAUAGCCCCUUCUUAUUGUUUUGAUGUUCUUGUGUACAUAUUCACCACGGGUGUCCUUGUUGAUCUUGUUUGUCUUCCUCUGCUCGCUCUCUCUCUCUCUCUCUCUCUCUCUCUCUCUCUCUCUCUCUCUCUCUCUCGCUCUCGCUCUCGCUCUCGCUCUCUCUCUCUCUCUCUCUCUCUCUCUCUCUCUCUCUCCCCCUCCCUCCCUCCCUCCCUCCCACCCUCCCCCUCCCUCCCUCCCUCCCUCCCUCAGUAAGCCACACCAGGAGCCCAAGCGGGAGAAGGAGCCUAAGAAGCCAGUGAUCAAGAAGCCUCUGAAUGCUUUCAUGCUGUACAUGAAGGAGAUGAGGGCCAAGGUGAUUGCUGAGUGCACCCUGAAGGAGAGCGCUGCCAUCAACCAGAUACUAGGCAGAAGGGUGAGUAGCAAGCACACACACACACUAAAACACACACACACAUCCAUGAAUACUCAUGCAGCAAAGAGACUCAUUCCCAAAUCCCUAAUCUCAAUCCCCCCCCCCCCCCCCCCCCCCCCCGCACGACUGACUGCUGCAUAUGAUACCAUUGACCAAGAUGCAGAAAUAACUCAAUGGGAUGAAUAUCAUAUAUGAUGCUGUCUGUCUCAAAACUUUGUACAGUGGCCCUUCCUCUAUCCAAUGUCACUAUAUCUUGUGAAAGGAUGAAAUAGUAUGAAUAUAUUCAUCAAAAUAACGUUUUUAAUGAAAAUAUGUCAGUCAUUAUUUGAUUAUGUUGGUAACCCGUUGUAUAAAAGCAUGACUUCGUCUCGGGCCUAACAACACCCGUGCCAAUAUAUCCACCGACUUAUCGGGCAUUAUCACUUAAUUAGAGACAAUGCGUUCUAUGGAAAAUAAUGAACGACAUGGAAGGUGUUCCACGAGUUGCAUUAUUUUCCAGAGAACGCAUAGAGCCCCGAGUUGAUUAUCCCUUUUAUACCAUGGCUAUAAUUUAACACUUUUGCCAUUAGAAAUGCGUUCAUUUCCCGGUGGAAAUGUGUUCAACGUCCACUGAAGUAGCUAGCAAGUUUACUAGAUAGCUACAGUAGUUGCCUUGGUAACCAAGAAAACAGACUUGCUAGUUUAGCUAACCAAACCAUCAGUCCUAGCUUGCUAUUAAGAAAAUCGAAUUCAACAAUACCAAUACUGUUUUCAAUUCGACUUUUUCUUUCAAAAGCAGCUCAAACAAAACAUGUAAAAAUGAACUAUAGCCUUUGAAUUCUACCGUGCAAAUAUACCAUGCGUUAUAAGGAAAAUAAUGCACGCUCUAGAAUGCACUUCAAGCCAAUCAGAAAUGAGUAUUCAGCAAUGCCAUGGUAUGAAAUAAUAUACAGUGCAUUCGGAAAGUAUUCAGACCCCUUCACUUUUUUCACAUUUUGUUAUGUUACAGCCUUCUUCUAAAAUUGAUUAAAUACCUCAUAAUGACAAAGCAAAAACAGGUUUCUAGAAGCAAAUGUAUAAAAACAUUUUUUUAGCUCAGGUGCAUCCUGUUUCCAUUGAUCAUCCUUGAGAUGUUUCUACAACUUGAUUGGAGUCCACCUGUGGUAAAUUCAAUUGAUUGGACAUGAUUUGGAAAGGCACACACCUGUCUAUAUAAGGUCCCACAGUUGAAAGUGCAUGUCAGAGCAAAAACCAAGCCAUGAGGUCGAAGGAAUUGUCGGUAGAGCUCCAAGACAGGAUUGUGUCGAGGCACAGAUCUGGGGAAGCGUACCAAAAAAUGGAACAUUGAAGGUCCCAAAGAACACAGUGCACUGUAAUAAGAUAAACCAAUUCCCUCAGCCCUCCUAGCCUCAACAGUUGUCAUUGUGCAUGUCAUUUUCUAGGCCACGUGUCAAACUCAAGGCCUCAAUUUUUUUUUUAUUAUUUCUUUUUCGGGGGAAAAAAACAUUGAACUGACUAAAACCAAAUCAAACUGUAUAGAAAUGAUAAUGGACCUACAUUUAUAGUCUCUUCACUCUGUCCAGUUUGCUAAUAGUCAUCAAAAUGAAAGCUAUAAAGUCAGGGAGCAUCAAAAAUUAGAGGACUAUUUUUUCUAAUGUUGAUGGCGAGAAAAUAUAAUACAUUUUAAGUGCGGCCCUCUGGACCUCGGUGAAGACCGAAUGUGGCCCGUGAGGAAAACUAGUUUUACACCCCUGGUCUAGGCUAAUGAACAAAACCUAAAUGGUAUCUUUGUUUUGUGUGUGUGUGUGUGUGCGGGUGCAUGCUUGUGUGUGUCUUCCCUGCAGUGGCACGCCCUGACCCGGGAGGAGCAGGCCAAAUACUAUGAGCUGGCCAGAAAGGAACGGCAGCUACAUAUGCAGCUCUACCCCAGCUGGUCCGCCAGAGACAACUACGUAAGGCCCGCCUUUUCCUGCUUACACACACACAGCAUGUUCACCCCACCCUGCCACCUGUCAAUCAAUGAGGCAAGUGGCUACACAUAGAAAUAUCAACCUAUUGUAUCUAAUCGUAUUUAUUUGACGCAUUUCCAGAGUUGUUAAUGUAUCAGUGCAGACAAUGUUAGAGAGACUAGUCUAUGACCUUAUUGUUAUGACCAGUGUUAUAACCUCUAUGACUAGUGUUAUAAUCUCUUGGCAUGCCAUUCCUUUAGAGUGGGUUUUGAGAAUGAGAUAGAGCAUACUGGACAUUAGUUGGUCAUUCAUGGCUGUUCAGUGUUGUUCAGUGAGGUGAUUUAAUUGGCAGUUGAGUGCUUUGCUGUUAGGGAUGCAUGACGAGCUACGCAUUUAUUACACAUAGCAUUACACAGUCAGCUGCAAACCUACCGCUCCCCUCUCAUCUCUGUUUUACUUUAAUAGGUUUUUAUAUUACGGGUAGUUAUAUGCAUGGAGGGCAUCUUUGUACUGUUGUAACUGGACCUUAGUAUAAGUGCACUGACUAUGACAUCUGUAAUUAGUAGUGGCUUGCUUGUAAACUGAGUUAAGAAGUAGUUUAGAGAAUCCCUUGUUUCAAAUACUGUGCAGAUAAAUAUGAUGUGUAUUAGAGAGACAUGUUUCUAAGAACGUCUCUAUGUUAUGUUUGUUAGCUUAAUGCUGCUUAACUACCCUUCUGUGCUGUGCUCAAUUGUGAAGUUGCUGUUGAAUUCUUCCAGGAGGCGGGCCUUAGAGAGGGCGCGGGGGAAAAGAAUAAAGCUGAUUGGGUAGGGCACACAUUUUACCCCACUUACCCGCUCUACUAACAGCAGGGUGGCUUUGGCUUGCUCUCCUCCUCAGGCGGUGGGGCGGUGGGGUUCGGACUGUAGAGAGGGAGAGGACAGCUGGGAGCUGGGCUGGAGAGGCUUUCUGGGCUUUGGGGGACCAUUAUUAGGCUAUACCCUCCCUUAGGGCAGGCACAGAGGGGUGGAGGUGGCUUAUGUUAUGUUAGUUAGCUAUGUAUCUGGAUGUGUUUCUAUGGGAGGUGGUUUUCCUGGACUACAUAAUUGCCAGUGUUCGCUCACCCCAUAUGAAAACAGACAGAAUGAGUCUCAAAGGGAGAGAGCUCACUUUCUUGCUUUCCUGGAGAUCUUUUACACAGCCUAUUUCCUUUCCUUGGCUUGAUAAAGUUUGGGGUUUUGUAUCAUAACACACCAUAGGGGCUUGGCUCUCUCAUUUCUCUCUGUCUCUUGGCUGUGGAUAGUUGUGAGAUUAGCUGGUUAGGGUAAAGAGGGUUACGAGCUGGUUGAGGUGGUUGUCAAUGAGGUGAAAUGUGCAUGAAGCUUUUACUACUGCAUCUGAUUUAGUAUAAAAUCGGAUUAAUAUGAUGCAAUGUUUUUAUGUGAACAUAAAUGUCACUCUUUAACACUUGAAUGUAUGUUUCCAUGUAUCUUUCUUCUUAUUUCAAAGAUGGAAAAAUACAGCCCGAGACAAUACUGUCCCAAACACAUUAGAACUAAUGGCAGCUCUAUAAUAAUAUAAUAUAAUAAAAUAGUAACACUUUAUAGCAGUAGUAUUCAAAGUCGGGGUCGUGACCCCUUGAUAAGAGAUGGAAAUGCAAUGAAUUUAAGGUUAUCUGUUGAUGUAAAAUAUUUCAGUUGACCGAUUUUAAGGUUGUGCCAUUACAUUUGGGGUGAGGUGGGGUCGCAAGAAAUUCUUGGGGGAAAAAUGGGAUCCCCAGAAAUUUUGGCUGAAAAAAUGGGCUCGCCGCUGAAAAAGUUUGAAUACCAAUGUUUUAUUGUGACCAUAUAGGUAACACUUUAUUUGGAUAGUCCCAAACAGAUGGUUUGUAGAUGUUCAGUAGAUGCUACCAAUAAUAAUAAUAAUAAUAAUAAUAAUAAUACAUUAAUUUUAUAUAGAGCUUUUCAUUACAAGUAGAAUCUUAAAGUCACUUUAAAAACAAAAUAAACAAAAAACGAUUUAACAAAACAAAUAUAGGGAUUUGGCAGUUCUUGGGCAAAGGUCUUCCACAUCUUUAGAUGAUAGGCAGUUCAGAAAUGUAGUAUCUUGAGAGGAGGGAGCAUAGAUGGUACAGCCAGGCAGGGAGGUAGAGACAUCUGACUGACAGGCCACAGAGCUCUUCAUCAGGCCCCUCGUCAUCUUCGAUAGUCACAGCUCUUCCUUCUCCGUAGGUUCACUCUUAGAAAAAAGGGUUCCAAAAGGGUUCUUCGGCUGUCCCCAUAGGAGAAUCCAUUUUUAUUCCAGAUAGAACCAUUUUGGGUUCAAUGUAGAACCCUCUGUGGAAAGGGUUCUACAUGGAACCCAAAACGGUUAUUCAAAGGGUUCUCCUAUUGGGACACCGGAAGAACCCUUUUAGGUUCUAGAUAGCACCUUUUUUCUAAGAUUGUAGGCUGGAUUGUCCUCUACUGAAAUGUAGCACCCACCUGGGUGACGCUUCGGCACUGUAACAGCGGCAGUAAGACCCCCACACCUCAGCAGUGGUUCAGAAAAGCCCCCUACAAAGCAAGCCUCUAGGAACUGGGGCAGGGGGUCAAAAAGCAUUUUAGCUAGCUAGCCAAGCCAAAUAUAAACUGACUUGCCAUAAUCAGUCCUGCAAUUCCGUGGGUCAGCACCAGAUAUUUCAGUUAAUUUAUCAACAAGUUAUCAAAAGCAAAAAAAGUUUGAUUCCAAUGAAAAACACUUAAAAACAAUAAAAUAUGUACAAUAUUUACAGAGCUCUCUGCCUAGGCUACCUCACAGCGCCAUGGCAACCACAGAACUCAAUAACGUAAUAAAUAUUACAUUAUUAUUAAUUAAUAACAUAUGUUCAAUAACUGUUAACAAAAUUUCAACUAACUAUCCACUAACAAUAACCCUAAACCUAACCUGAGCAAACAGUUGCUUAUCAACAGAUAGUUUGUUAGCGUACGCUUUUAUCCAAAGCGACUUACUGUCAUGCGUGUAUACAUUUUACAUAUACAUUUACAUUUUAGUCAUUUAGCAGACGCUCUUAUCCAGAGCGACUUACAGUUAGCACAUACAUUAUUUUAUGGGUGGUCCCGGGAAUCAAACCCACUACCCUGACGUUACAAGCGCCAUGCUCUACCAACUGAGAUACAAAGGACCACUAGCUAUAGUCUGUCCCCUGCUACAGUCUACCCCUUCCCAGACACAAGCCAGAAAACCAGGGAAGUCAUGUGAUCUGUUAGCAAAACAGGAAGUGAAGGUCCACCUACGCAGUCGUGGGGUUUUCUUCCGCCAGCCGUAACCACACACACACACAAUGCUUUAGGGAGCAGUCAGGGUAGACAAGUCUCUGCGUAGGCAUCAAAGAGCUGUUCCCACAUCCUCUCCCCAAUAUGAGACUUUAGACUUUAUCAUGCUCGUCUUGAUAACAACCCCAACCAUGCUAUUAAGGCCCCACUGUGUAGCCCAUGGAGUUUACAGCAAUAUGGUGCUGCUGGGGAAAUCCAUUACUGUAGAUAAUUAGAGUUCUUUCCCUUCUCUUCCCCUCUACUGUCAUAGUAACUUGUGACCUGAGUGAUCAUGAAGUGACCUCAGACCCCCAUUCCACGACUUGUGAAUUGGGACGUCUCUGGUACAGAUGACUAAGUCUCAUGAUUAUGGUGAAUAUCAUGACAUGGUUCUCCCAUGCCUUCAUCGAGAUGUCACUGACAGACUGUCCUGGUGGUGUAUAGGAACUCGUUCCCCUGCUGACUGUGUGUGUCUGGUCGUGUUCCAACAGGGCAAGAAGAAGAGAAGAAAAAGAGAGAAGCAGCAGGACUCCACCACAGGUAAUGUCCAAUGAUCAACCUUCAACCUCUCUCUCCUACCAAACCCCAAGCUUCGAUAUAGUAUACUAAAACGUCAAGCCCUAUUCCAUCGUUUGAAACAACUUCACUGGUUGACUAUCCCCUAGCAGUACCCUCUUCCGUUAUUGGUUUGUACUCUGACUGGGUCACUGCUACUCGAACUAACAGAGUGUGAAAGCAUGGCAGACUUCCCAUUUGAAGUGUUCCUCUCUUCCCUAAUGGCCUGUGUCCUGAAUGCCUGUUGUGAACGGAGCUCCUGCUCCCUCUACUCUGUUCUGGCUGCAGUUUGUAGGUUGUUGUUGUUAACUCCUACUCAGUAAUUGGGCACUAACAGUCUGGUUUGAUGGCUUUCUGAUUGACCAUCUCUGUCAAUGCAUCAACGUCUGCCCUGACCUCUUGAUCUGAUUUACUCUCUCUCUCUCUCUCGCUCUCUCUCACCCACUCUCCCUCUCUUUCCUUACUUCUUUCCUAUGCGCAUGUUGCCUUGUGCUCAGACCCUGGCUCUCCUAAGAAAUGCAGAGCUCGCUUCGGCCUCAACCAACAAACGGACUGGUGUGGUCCCUGCAGGUGUGUACCUCUCGCUCUGCUACCCCUCUCUCCCUCCUCUGUGAGCGUGCCUCAGCCCACUGCUGUGCUCUGCUCUGCAUGCACUCAUCUCACUAACCCUGUGACUCCGUGACCCACGUCGCCCCCUACAGGUAGAGAACCCCAGCAUACUGGGGGGUCAGGAGGCUGAAUUGGAAACUAAAGCUGCUUUACUGGCUGGUGAUGGGGUGUGUCCUCAGGGAUUUGUGGGUGAAAAGGUGGGGAUGAUGAUCAAAGGAAAGUGGGGGAGGGGUCCUGUAGGUCUGAGGGGAGAAAAGGGGUUCACACAUAGGAUGUUCUCUGCUUAAAACGGAUAUUUCUCGGUUAUCCUAUUGGUAGAAAUGACAAAGCAGGCAUUUUUUAUUUAUUUCCAGUGGAUGGAUGAUCAGUCAUGCUCAUCUUUAGUGCCUUUUUUUUACCAACUCAAUCUCUUUUCCUUUAUACAUCUCCACACUCAUAGUCACAUCAGUGUAGAGGUGUGAAGAAAGCCAUGUACCUGCCCUGCCCACACCCCCACACCCCCACACCCCUUGCACUGUGCAGCACUUUAGCAACUCCAUCCUGCCACAGUGUCUUCCCCACCAUGCCGUCACAUCAUGGAAAUCUCCUGACCACUGUGCGUGUUGUGCUGCAAGAGAACAAAGGGAGGUGAAUGUGGUUAGAGCGAAUUCUGAUCACCGCAGUUGAACGCACACAUACACACACACAAUCUGGCACAUGCACCGCUGCUCUGCACUUUGAUGACAUUUCUCAUGCUCAUCUGUCUUCAACUUUCUCCAUUCAUGCGGUCAGGCAAUGCAGCUUUUGAUGGUGAACUCUGACAUUUAGAAUCACUCUCUUCCUCCUCUAUAUCUCUAAAUAUGUCCUCACACCUUUUCUUGCGGUGGCACUAAGUGACUCAUGUUGUGUUCUGGUAAUUAUCAUGGGAUUAGUUGUGCUACUUUGGUUUUAAAGAAGAGGCAAACAACCGUUGUUAGUUUUCAAUUUAACUUAGAAAACAACAUUUCUAAUGAUCAUUACAACCACAAAAAUCAUUCAUGAUUUGAAGGAAAUGGUGGUGGAUGAUCUAUGAAAACGGAUUCGAUGGUAUUCAGUGGAUUUGCUAUUUUUGGGUCUUAAAACUCAAUUAAAUCAUGUUGAAAACAGUAAAAAGUUCAUUUUGGUGACGCUUUGCAUCCACGCUUUAUUCACAGAUAACUCUCUUGACUGUUCCUAGGAGGAAAAAGAAGUGCAUUCGAUACCUUCAAGGAGGAUGGUGCGCCAGCCCCACUUCUUCCGAUGGAAGCGCUAUAGACUCGCCCCCCUCCCCCGUCGACGGCGUCCCCCCUCAGCACCCCUCCCUGCCCAGCUCGCCCUCGCCCGCUUCCCCCUCAGACAUCCCCCUGCACCCCCAGCCCAGCAAACAACACACACCCCUUAUCCUCUCAAAACCCAAGACCACAGAACUAUCUCUCAAAGCUUUAAUAGAAUCAUCCCAACAGCACGACAAUCUCAAUCAUCAUCAUCAUGACUGUACCCUGCCCAAGUCUCACUAG